AUGAACGUCCACACAAAUCCCGGGUCCGACCCCCACCCCGACCGCGCCGCCCUCAGCCUCAACCUCUCCUCCCUCUCCGUCGCGUCCCCGACCAACAUGAGUCCCAUCAACCCCAGUCCACACCCGAGCACGCAGCCCAGCUCCCACGUCUCCCCGAUUACUCCCAUCAGCCCGUCUGCCGCAGCCGGCCUCCACGCGCAUCACGCACACCACCACGGCCUGCAGCCGCCUUUCACAUUCGCGCCCCCCGGUGAUCACGCUGCCGUCCGCUACGACGAGCCGUACGAUUACGCCGGCCGCCGCCUGACCAGCUCGCGCUCGAGCUCGUCAUCCGACAAGAGCGUCCCGCGUAAGCGCAGCUUCCCGACCGUCCCUGCCCUCAGCACGAACAUCGAGGAACCGUACGGCGACCACUCGAUGGACGCGAGCCCAUACGACGAGGUCGACAUGAACUAUGGCGGGCUCGAGGGCAGUCCCGUGGACGGAAGCACCAGCGGAGGCGAGCAGGAUGACCAUAUGAAGUCCUUCGAGACCUCGUCAUCACAGCAGGGCAAUCCGAACUUGCCGCCGAGCACGCAUGGCAGCAUGCCUCAGGUGGGCAUGCUGGGAAAGCCGCUGGGGACAAACAACUUUGUCACAAAGUUGUAUCAGAUGAUCAACGAUCCAAAAAGCGCGCAGUUCAUACAGUGGACGGAGCUCGGUACCAGCUUUGUCGUCUCCAAUGUGGGCGAGUUCAGCCGGACGAUCCUCGGCUCGCACUUCAAGCAUAACAAUUUCUCGAGCUUCGUGCGACAGCUGAACAUGUAUGGAUUCCACAAGAUCAACCGGACGCCCCGCGCGCAGCGCACCUCCGCCGACGUGCAGACGUGGGAGUUCUCGCACCACAAGUUCCUGCGCGGGCGGCCCGAUCUGCUCGAGGAGAUCAAGCGCAAGGCGCUCGAGCCCGACCCUGCGACAAAACACCGCGUGGAGCUCCCCGGAGAGGUGGCGGCGCAGCUUGCGCAGGUGAGGGAGGAGAAUAGACGGCUCAGCUUGAUGUACCACGCGGAGAGGGGACGAGUCGAGAGAUUGGCGGGUGUGACGAAGGCGAUGUACGAGGUCAUCCAGAGGUCAUGGCCUGGCUCGCGUACGUAUUUGAUUUCUUCGAGCAGCAUGCAAAUGCCCUUUCCAAACGAUCUCCUUGAGCCAGACAACCCAAACAUCUACAUCACUUCGCCCAACUCGAUGACCCCACAUGCGUCGGGCGGCAGCGGCUUCCUGCCCUCGCUCUCGAUGUCUGGCCCCGCGCACUCGCACACGCUGCACCACACCCACUCCCUGCACUCCCUCGGCGCGAGCCCGUCGAGCAGCCCGACCACCGCCGACUUCCCGCACCACGUACACAGCGGCGCGCACCACUCGCACCACCACAGCCAGAGCCACACGCCCGCGAGCAGCCUCUCGCGGCAGCACUCGUUCCAGCACCUGCCGUACGAGAGCGCCGCGAUGCACUCGCACCACGGGAGCAGCUCCGGCGGGGCCGCGCACCACGGGUACGCGGGGCGGUACGCGGCGGACGGGGCGCCCGCGCCGCUGAGCACGCCGCUCCCGCCGUCGCCGGGCCCGAUGGACCUCGACGAGCGCGUGGGCGGGGCGAAGCGCCAGCGCACGGCGCCGUCGUCGGGGCUGAGCACGCCGAUCGGCGGCAUCAGCGAGGGCGGGAAGAAGAGCAGGGCGCGCAGCGACAGUGCGCCGCUGGGCUACGGCGCGCUCGGGAGCGGCUGGGGCACGGCGGGGCGGCCGCGGAGCGGCAGUGGGCUCGGGAGCGGCAGCUUGGGCGCGAGUGGGGGUGGUGGGUUUGGGAGCUCGGGGCUGAGGGGCGUGGGGGCGUUGAGGAGGGAGGAGACCGUGCCGAAUAUCGGGAGCGUGAGUCGGGCGGCGGGCUCGGGCGGCGGAGGCUUGCCUGGCCUGGUCCUGCCGGGCGUGCCCGGGAAGAGUUGA